CUCCCUCCGUUCCUAAAUAUUUGUCUUUCUAGACAUUUCAAAUGACUACUACAUACGGAUGUAUGUAGACAUAUUUUAAAGUGUAGAUUCAUUCAUUUUGCUCCGUAUGUAGUCAUUUGUUGAAAUGCCUAGAAAGACAAGUACUCCGUAUUUAGGAACGGAGGGAGUAGAAGAGAAAAGGGGGUAAAGAGCCCCUCCACUUUGGGUUUACAUACACAUAUAUACACCCAACUCCACUUAAUCUAUUACAUAUUGCUAACUCCUCGCGUCAUUGCCCAUCGCUAGAGCCGCAAAGAAGCUUUCCACGUCGGCUUUGAUGAUGCCUGACGUCCUCCACGCUCUGCCCUCCUCCUCUAUACGGCGUAGUACUUCUCCUACCGAUGGUGUUGCACCAUCGAAACACAAUCGAGUUGCGGUGCUUCCACAGUUUCCACAUGACAAGGAGGACGAGGGUGCGGAUGUCUUUUCCUUCACCUUUGUUUCCACCCUUGGCUGGGCACCACUCGGUCAGCCUUGUGUCCCCGUUUGGUAUCCACUCUUGCUUGUUCAUCGCCAUGCAUAUCCGUGUCCAUAUCUCUCUCGAAAAAACGCAUUGGGCGAGUAUGUGGUCUAUGGUCUCCUCCGCUUGGUCGCAAAACGGGCAAGCGUCUUGGUGGUCCAGCCCACGCCGUGCUAAUCGGUCUGAGGUAGCUGAAUCCUUUAAAAGGGAUUUGUCUGAAUGAAGAGACUAACAGAAGAAGAAGCCCUAAAAGAGAUCUGCUCUCAGAUGUUUCUUCAUUGCUCCCGGUCGCAAACUGCAACUUCAUAACCAAAUGUGAAUUGCUCUUAUAGAUCAUUAAAGACCUAGAACAUCGGGUGCAUGCCUUUUAUCUAAAAAAAGACCUAGAACAUUGGUUUCUGCAUGAGAUGAGAAUGCGGGAAGCGACAGCAAUGGAGGAGACACUUGCAAUUCAGAAGGAUGUAACUCAGGAUGAAUUCUCUGACAGCAAUGGAGGAGACACUUGCAAUGCGGGAUCUGACGGGCAUCGCGGAGGCCUCCGUGGAGGUGCCCUCCGGGAGCACCGCUGGGGAGUGCCUCGGCCGGGUGCUGGCCUCGUUCCCCAAGCUGGACGAGAUCCGCCGCUCCAUGGUGCUCGCGCUCAACGAGGAGUAUGCGCCCGAGUCCGCCCCCGCCGCCGACGGGGACGAGCUCGCCAUCAUCCCGCCAAUCAGCGGCGGCUGGCCCAGACUGAAAAUGAAGAAAAAGAAAGAGAGAAAGAAAGAAAGGUCUUCCUCUUUCUUCAAUACUUCUUGUCUUUGCUUCCUGAUCAAUGUGCACGUUGAAUCAUAGUAAUAAAGUUGCGAUGUUCUCUAGCAUUUGUGUUCUCGAAUCACCAAUCAUGUUGAUGAAUAGU